AAACGUAUAUCAUUUUCAGCUCCAUUAUUUGAUGAUGGAAAACUUGUGGCCCAUGUUGAAUCUCAUGAUCUAACCGAAGCAUCAGGACUAGCACCCAGCCGAACAUUCCAAAAUGUCCUAUAUACUCAUAACGAUGGGGGAGAUGAUCCUUAUAUCUUCGCAAUAAACGCAACAUCCGGUGCUUUAAUCUCUUCAUUUAAGAUUGCGAAUGCCAGGAAUCAUGAUUGGGAGGAUAUCGCUGUUGGUCCUUGUGGAAAUUCUAGCUGUAUUUACAUUGCCGACUCUGGAUACAGACAUUCCAAAUCAGCCAAUACAAUUUACAGAGUGCUCGAACCCGAUGUAAUUAAUAUCAACAUGGUUCUACCUCUCGAUUCCACUGCUCGAUAUACAUGGUCAGAAGAAGAAUCACAGACUUUAAUGGUGGAUCCUCGAGGAGAGGUGUACCUCAUAAGUGUAGGCCACAAUGGCCAUGGAAUGGUCUCCCACCUUCCCAGCAGCGCCUGGGGAAACCCUGACCCAGUCGACAUCGAGUCCACCCAGUUUCUUCAAGUUCAUUCCCACCACCACGAUCCACUCUCAGGCGACAUAAGGCAAGACGGUAGCGAACUCCUAAUUCAAGAGAAAUCUCAUAUAUAUCUCUUCGAGAUUGAAGGUGGUGACGUAAUGAGGUCACUUACAAAAACACCGGUUGAAGUUCCAUUCCAUAUUGAUGGACUUACUGAAGCCGUUUGUUGGAGUGCUGACGGUCAGAAAUACUACACUCUGCCUGAAGGUCACGAUCCGAAACUCUACGUUUAUUCCCGGAUUAAUACUGAGAGUCCGGGUAUAGUUGGAAAUCUUAUAGGGAAGUGA